UCCUUCUAUUGCUUCGCAUUCUUUUCCAGGGCUUGGACUUUGUGAUCGCAGAGGCUAAGAAGAAUGGAGUGUAUCUAAUACUGAGUUUGGUGAAUAACUACGCAGACUUUGGUGGGAGGAAGCAGUAUGUUCAGUGGGCAAAGGACAAGGGACAGUCCUUGAGUUCUGAUGAUGCCUUUUAUUCUAACGAUAUCGCUAAGGGAUUCUACAAAGAUCAUGUGAAGACGGUUCUAACGAGAGUGAACACGAUCACGAAAGUAGCGUACAAGGAUGAUCCCACCAUCUUUGCAUGGGAACUCAUCAAUGAACCACGAUGCCAAAGUGACCUCUCUGGCAAAACACUCCAGGCUUGGGUCACAGAGAUGGCUGCUUAUGUUAAAUCCAUUGAUAGCAACCACAUCCUUGAAGUUGGGUUGGAAGGUUUCUAUGGGGAAUCUAGGCCUGAAAGGAAGCAAUUCAACCCUGGCUAUGAGAUUGGUACUGAUUUCAUCGCUAAUAAUAUGGUCCCUGAAAUUGACUUUGCUACCAUCCAUGCCUACCCUGAUCAAUGGAUUUCAGGUUCAAAUGAGGCCCAAAAUGCAUUCCUCAAGAGUUGGGUUCAAUCACAUACUGAUGAUGCUGGUGCAUUCCUCAAAAAGCCACUUAUGAUCACAGAAUUUGGCAAGUCCUCGAAGACUUCAGGGUACACCGUAGGCGAAAGGGACACCUUGUUCUCGGAUAUGUAUAGCGAGAUCUAUGGCUCAGCCAGAGCUGGGGGCCCGUGUGCAGGUGGGCUCUUCUGGCAGGUGUUGGCCCCAGGGAUGGAUAACUUUGGAGAUGGCUAUGAGAUCAUAUUUUCACAAUGCCCCUCGACGACAAGUAUCAUUGCCCAGCAGUCCCACAGGAUAUCGAGCCUUUAA